AUGUCCAGCCUUUCGACAAAGCUCGCUGCUCUUGAAGAUGCCGGCAAACCAAUUCAAGUUGGCAUCAUUGGUGCUGGGAAAUUCGGAUCAAUGUAUAUCUCGCAAGCUCAUCGCACCAAAGGCGUGCGUCUAGCUGCCAUAGCAGAUCUCUCCCCUGAUAGGGCUGUAUCGUCCCUACAAAAGACCGGAUUUCCAUCUUCUAAAUUCAACACUUGCAUUUCCCUAUCCGAUGGUCUCAAGUACGACAAGACCGUCAUUACUUCUGACUCGGAGGCCAUGAUAGCCACUCCGGGCAUCGAUGUGAUCUUAGAGGUUACCGGAAACCCUGCUGUUGGUGUCCGCCACGCGCUAUUGUGCUGCGAGCACAAGAAGCAUAUUGUCAUGAUUAAUGUGGAGGCCGACGUGCUUGCAGGGCCUUUGCUCGCACGCAAAGCAAAGGAGGCGGGCAUUAUAUACUCAAUGGCAUACGGUGAUCAGCCUGCCCUCAUUGCCGAGCUGGUGGACUGGGCACGCACAGCAGGGUUCGAUGUGGUAUGUGCGGGGAAAGGUACAAAGCACUUGCCCCAAUACCAUUAUUCGACACCUGACACUGUUUGGGACUACUAUGGUUUCACAAAAGCGCAGCUUUCCGGUGGUGACUUCAACCCCCAAAUGUUCAACUCCUUCCUCGAUGGUACAAAGUCUGCAUUAGAGAUGGCCGCAGUCGCAAACGGCUGUGGACUCAGGCCACCCUCGGACGGGCUCGCAUUUCCGCCCUGCGGAACUCAUGACCUACCACAAGUUCUCAAACCGCGCAGCGCAGGCGGUCAACUUGAAGAGAAAGGUACGGUUGAGGUGGUGAGCUGCGUCGAGAAAGACGGACGAGCCGUGUUUGGCGAUCUACGAUGGGGCGUUUUUGUCGUCAUAGAAGCACCAGACGAGUAUCAGCGCGAGUGCUUCGCACAGUACGGCAUAAAGACCGACGACAGCGGAUGGUAUGCUGCGCAGUUCAAACCAUAUCAUCUCAUUGGUCUCGAGCUCGGUAUUUCGGUUGCAUCGAUCAUGGUGCGUGGAGAGCCAACCGGACAGACGCGGACUUGGGCUGGUGAUGUGGUGGCUACAGCGAAGCGCAACCUGCAACAGGGCGAGAAGCUCGAUGGUGAAGGAGGAUUCAUGGUGUACGGAAAGUUGAUGCGCGCCGAGGACUCGCUCCGGACCGAAGGGCUACCUAUUGGCCUUGCGCAUGGACUCGUGCUAAAGAGAGAUGUAGGUAAAGAUCAGGCCUUGAGCUGGAAGGAUGUCGAGUUCAGCGAAAAGAAUCAAGCCGUCGCUGUGAGGCAAGAGAUGGAAAGCAUCUACCGAAAAGAGCUCGGGUCGGUUCGGUGGGACUCAGCGGCAGUAAGAGAUUGA